CCACUCACGACCUAGUUGCUCUCCGCCGGCUGCCGGCCGCCGCCGUCACGCUAGCUGCCUCCUCUGUGCGUCCGCCUACGCGCCAUUCCCCUAUCGCCCAGCAGUGCUCCUAGCCAGCCUCCCCGUCUGGCCCCCGCCCAGCCGCCGAUCUCGCUCCGCUGCUCGCUGACUCGCGCAGGAGCUGCUGCCUGCUACUCCACUCGGUAACUGUGUCGGCUGAUGAAAUUGCUUCGAGAUCAAGCGGGCGAUCAGCUUCAGUUGGUAGUGUAGGUGGUGGAUUGCUCUGAUUCUGCUUCAGGUUCUGAUCCAGGGCAACUUUGGGACAGGCGCAGCCCGCAGCCGGACCCCCGAGGCAGGUCGCCCCUUCUGGUUGAGCUGUGUAGCUGUGAGAGCUGCCGCGGAAUCAUCCCCCACGACCUCCUCGCUAUGGCGACAAUGCGGCCUCAAACAAUCCUACUACCGCGGCGCAUCGACCCCAUGUUCAUCAUCGACGGCAAUGGAGGUUCACUAGUCAACGGCAACGACAUUGGUGAUGGUAAACAUUUCUAUUGUGCCAAGUGCAUGUCUGUCGUGCCAUGUGCAUGUAUUCGGCCCUGCUUCAGCAUGUGCGACCAUGACUUCUGCUCGAGCUGUGUUGCCAUGAAGCUACCCCAGAAUGUCGCCCGCCUCAAAUGCACUGGGGAGAGCUCGACGGCGUCGGAGAAAUAUCGCGGCGUGACGAUCUUGCGGCCUGAAACGGUCCAAGUACCGUCGCGCAUCGACCCCAUGUUCAUCACCGAUGGCAAUGAAGGUUCACCCGUAAACGACAUCAGUGACAGUAAGCGCUUCUACUGUGCCAAGUGCAUGCAUGUGGUGCCAUGUGCAUGUAUGAGGUACAACUUCACCAUGUGCGACCACGACUUCUGCUCAAGGUGUGUUGCCAUGAAGCUGCGCCAGAACGUCGCCCGCGUCAAAUGUACGGGAGAGAGCUCAACAGCGUCGGAGGAAUAUCGCGGCGUGACAAUGUUGCAGCCUGAAACAGUCCAAUUACCAUCGCGCAUCAACCCCAUGUUCAUCACCGAUGGCAAUGAAGGUUCACCCGUAAACGGCAUCAGUGACAGUAAGCGCUUCUACUGUGCCAAGUGCAUGCAUGUGGUGCCAUGUGCAUGUACAAGGUACAACUUCACCAUGUGCGACCACGAUUUCUGCUCAAGGUGUGUCGCCAUGAAGCUGUGCCAGAACGUCGCCCGCGUCAAAUGUACGGGAGAGAGUUCGACAGUGUCGGAGGAAUGUCGCGGCGUGACAAUGUUGCAGCCUGAAACAGUCCAAUUACCAUCGCGCAUCAACCCCAUGUUCAUCACCGAUGGCAAUGAAGGUUCACCCGUAAACGGCAUCAGUGACAGUAAGCGCUUCUACUGUGCCAAGUGCAUGCAUGUGGUGCCAUGUGCAUGUACAAGGUACAACUUCACCAUGUGCGACCACAAUUUCUGCUCAAGAUGUGUCGCCAUGAAGCUGUGCCAGAACGUCGCCCGCGUCAAAUGUACGGGAGAGAGUUCGACAGUGUCGGAGGAAUAUCGCGGCGUGACAAUGUUGCAGCCUGAAACGGUCCUAGUAUCGUCGCGCAUUGCACCUUUGUCCAUCACCGAUGGCAACGAAGAUUCACCUGUGGACGACAUCACCGAUGGUAAGCGCUUCUUUUGUGCCAAGUGCAUGCAUGUGGUGCCAUGUGCAUGUAUAAGGUCCAACUUCACCACUUGCGACCAUGACUUCUGCUCGAGGUGUGUUGGCUUGAAGCUGUGCCAGAACGUCCCUCGUGUCAAAUGUACCGUGGACAACUCUACGGUGGCGGAGAGAUACCACAGCAUGGCGAUGGUGCAGCCUGAAACAGCUGUAUCAUCGCCCAUUGACCCUAAGUUCGUUACCGGUGGCAAUGAAGAUUCACCGCUGGUGGAUGGCAACGACAUCGGCGAUGAUAAGCACUUCUACUGUGCUAAGUGCAUGCAUGUGGUGCCAUGUGCAUGUAUACGGUCCAACUUCAGGACGUGCGACCACGACUUCUGCUCUAGGUGUGUCGCCGUGAAGUUAGGCCAGAACAUCGCUCAUGUUGGAUAUUCUGAAGGUGAGGACGGUGAUGAUGAUCUGUUCUAUUGCAACAUCUGCAUGGAGAUGGUGGCGAGGACCCUCAAGUUCAGCGUCAACUCGUGUGGCCACGUCUUCUGCUCAAGCUGUAUCACCCAGUACGUCGCCGCAAAGCUGGACAACAAUGUAGCUCGCGUCGAAUGCCCUGACCCAGGCUGCAAGGGCGGUGUCGUUGAGCUGGAGAGGUGCCAUGACAUCAUUCCCCUGGACCUCCUCGACAAAUGGGGUUUCCUGCUGUGCGAAUCUGCGCUUGGCACCAAGAGGAUAUACUGCCCAUACAGAGAAUGCUCGGCGCCUCUGCUUGCUGACAGCGAGGCCGGGGUGACUGCGGUCAGGGAGGCGGAGUGCCCGCACUGCCACCGGCUUUUCUGUGUCCGCUGCGCUGUGCCAUGGCAUGGCGGCAUCACUUGCAAUGAGUUCCAGAAGCUUGGACUGGACGAGCGCGGCCCGGAGGACAUCUUGCUCAGGCGUCUCGUCGGCAGGGAGGGGUGGCAGCGGUGCCCGAAGUGCCAGAUGUACGUGGAGAAAUCAGAAGGGUGCAAUUACAUCAAAUGCAGGUGUGGAUACAGCUUCUGCUACCGGUGUGCAUCCAAGUUGUCCGCGCUAAACCAUUUCUGCAACAAGUGCAAGCGCUGACGAUUUAUUUGGGGUGUGCAGACCUACGAAUAUAUAGCCUCCUUGAAUAGCUUCAGUUCUGUUUGUGUAUAUAUGGGUUAUUAAGGUAUCGUUUGGUUAUUGCAGUGCAAACUGGAGACUGUUACUACUUGAUUGUCUAUAUAUAUCUAA